UGCAGUGCUAGAUGUGGUGAGCCAUUUGCUCGUGGUCAGCCCUGCUAGUGUGACGCCAGCAGCCUCCCUCAUGACGAGUGCUGCAAGGACUUUGAGGCUCUCUGCACUUCCGAUGCCACUCCAAUUCCAACACCAACCCAGAGGAUCAAGCAGGAUGCCAAGAAAAAGCCAACAGGCUCAGUUAUUGUCUUUGUCUUUGUAGCAAAGUAACUGCAUGGAUCAACAGAGCUUGUGUACCCUGAUUAUAGGCCAAACUGUGCUAGGUUAGAGUGGGCCAUUUUAAACAGUAGAAACGUUUGAAUAAGAUAAAAUUAUCUUUAGCGCUUCCUAAGAACAAAUCCUCCAGCAAGACAGAAUUGAAGUCUCUCAAAUUUUCCAAGAAAAAUUUAAACAGCGAGAGUAAGGAAGGCAGACAAAGCAUGUGUGUAAUAGCUGGGGUCCUGAGUUUUUCCAAACCAAGGCCAUGCUUAUUGACUGGAAGAGCAAUUAGCCUCCAUCUGGUUACGUGUUGAUCAGUGACCGACUGACUGCAUGUGAUAAUCCAACCCACAAUAGGCCUCUAUAGGUUAUCGAUGUAUGGUGGUCAGAUGAGAUGAAAGCAGUAACUGUACUGAAACAUGCAACAGUUCAGGGGCUGAUCCUGUGUGUCUGUCUGCCCUCUGGGUCUCAGAACACAAAAGUUGAUCAUUUCUGGUAUUUUUGUUGUGCUUUCAGACCAUAGUAAGGUCACAUACACCUCUCCAUCUGACCAUCAUUGACAUGUUCAGCCUAUUGUGGGUGCUCUUGUCCAUCAUUGACAUUAUCAGAACACUGCAUGUAAUGUAUGAAAUGUAGAGAUUGAGGACUUUGUCAACAUACAAGGCACUUGUGCUGGGCAACAAUUGAUUAAGAAUUUCAACUACAUGCUAGAAUCAGUCAUUUUCAUGCUUUAGAGUUUAUGGUAGCCUGCUCUGUGGAUUCCUGUAACCGGUCUGUGUUUCUCACAGACACUAACGGCCCUUACCCUGGAUCCAGCAGCUCUAAGAGCCAGAGUGACUAUUCUCCUUUCUCCGAGGACCCAGCAUCCCCUUUGAACCCUGACUUUUACCCUCUGACUGACCGCUUCAAUGGCCCCUCCACAGCCCCAGCCACUGUCAUGGAUACCUUGAGUGAUGCAGCCACCAGUCUCUUGGAGGGCAUCUCAGCUCAACGGCCCCAGCACCCUGGCAGGCCUAGCCAAGGCCUUGGAGAUGCCAACAGUAACCCAGACCUCUGCAGUGACCUGCCCAUCAACAGACUGGCCAACAGAACCACUCAUCUUCAAGUGUGUGUUGAGCAUAGUGGCCCAGCUCAUGCCCAGCACUGUCCUACACAGCUCUCUCCUAUCUCACUUAUUACUUAGUGAUUCAAUGUUUAUGAAGGUCAAGUAGCUUUUCCAAAGCAGCAGCAGACAAAAAAAAGUAGUGACUUGAUACAUUAUCUAAUGAUUGUGGUUUGGUUUCCUCUCUGGACGAUGGACCCCAGGACCAAGGCCCUUUGCCCAGCCCGCAACGUCACGGAGGAGUUUGGCAUUCCGUCCUCUAUCGACAGUGCCGUCACCCGCACCAACUGCCAGGGCAAGAGCUACAUCAUCAAGAUACUGAAUGCAGAGGAAAAACCUAGAACCUGAGAGAAGUUCAGACGGUUGGGGCAGUGGAGAUGCCUUGGUGGAACCAAAUGGCAACACUUUUGUCCCCAUCUCUUUUCCAUGUAAGGCUACUGGAGGAUGGCCAACGGCAAGGAGCCUGGUUACCCCAAAUCUGUUGCCUCUAGUUUUGAUGGUCUGACUGGCACCAUCACUGCAGCCCUGUCUGUGCCUGUUACCAGAAGGCCCGAGUCUGUCUACUUCUUCAAGAAAAGAGGCACCAUGCAGAAAUACUCCUACCCUGCUGGAAGUAGCCCCGUCUGUGGCAAGAAAUCCAAGUCCAGUACCAAGACACACCACGGUCCCAGAGCAGAGGUGCGUCUGGGCGUAGAGAUUAACAUCAAGCUGUCUCUGAAAGGCUUCCCCUCCUCAGUGACCUCAGCUGUGUCUGUCCCCAGCGCCAAGAAGGCCGACAGAUACAAAUACUUCCUCUCUGCUGGACCCAAGUCUUAGUCUGAGUGCUCUACUUCAACAUCAAGAUAUCUGGUGACCUGCCUGCUCUGGCCAAACCAGACAACCCCGAUCCCCGCCAGAACUCCAUCAACUGGCUCAAGUGUGCCUAGAGCCACCCUAUGGAUGGACCACCGCCAACGCACGACUACGACAAACAUUUUAUUUUUCUCAAAGUUUAUUAGCAAAAACAAAAGCAAUGGAACAAUCACUCUUCUCGAAACAAAUACAAAACAACAAAAAUGUACGCUUUUAAAGCACAUGGUAUCAUCCACUGACACAAAGUUAGGGAAGAAAAGUCAAUCACAAAUUAGUUGGAUUUUUUAAGUAGACCAAGACACUAUGAUUGAUAGUUGGGAUGAAGGGCGGGGGAUGGAGCAGUGCAUGAUGGCAUCAUUAGCGGGGUAGGUUUCCUCUACCGAAGGGGCCUCUUCCUGCUCGAAGGAAGCCCAUACCUUGAAUGGAGGAGGCGAAUAGAGUCAAGUUCCAUCUUACCCAUCAUCCAAAAUGGCCACUUCAUGACACUUGUAACUCUGUUGUGCUGCUUUAGAUUGGGUCACUAUAGCUUCUUUGAAGAUUGUUUUGAUGUGCGUUGAAAUAAUUAUCUCUAAACUGUCAGUGCUAAGUUCAAACAUAAGAUAAAACAUUUUACAAGACCAAGUUAAAACCAUACCUGCUGGGGGGGCUUAAGUAUCUCUCGCAUGACAGCAACCCUGCUCCAACUAUACUUGCAGCACAUGUACUCCAACAUGCCAAACAAAAGUCUACAAUGUGUGCUUUAUGUCACCUACUUUCACUUGCUUAUCAAACUAAUUUUAAAUUCUCA